ACAUAGGGAGAAAGAAAACAACAUUUGAUCUAAUAAGUUUUGUUUUAAGUCUUUGUAAUAGUUUUUUAGUGCUUUAUUUUAUUCUCUCUCUCUGUUUGAUGAAUUGAUUGGUUAUCUCUUUUAUGUUCUUCGAAUUGCAUCUAAUUCUCUUUUCUUACAUAUCCUGUCUUAUAUUCUAUUGUUGUCUCAAAAUUAAUAAUCAAACCAGUGUUGGGUUUUAUGAUCUUGUGUUGAGUUUACUUGAGCUUCGAGUUCAAUUUUAUGGCGAAUCCUUGGUGGGCUAUUAAUCAAGUGAAUCUACAAGGCAUAGAGCCUGCAGGCAAUUCAGCAGGCUUGAACAAAAGUGACAUGGGGAUUUCGAUGAACGAUACCGGGAAAAAUAUAAGCAGCGACGACGACGACAGAGAUACCGGCGAUGAGCCUAAAGAGGGGGCUAUUGAGAUCGGUAACCGAAGACCUAGAGGCCGACCUCCGGGCUCCAAAAACAAGCCCAAACCCCCCAUUUUUGUCACUAGGGACAGCCCGAACGCGCUGCGUAGUCACGUCAUGGAAGUUGUGAGUGGCACCGAUGUGGCGGAAAGCAUAGCUCAAUUCGCCCGGAGACGACAGCGCGGCGUCUGUGUGCUCAGUGGCAGCGGUUCGGUCGCGAACGUUAUGCUUAGACAACCGGCUGGACCCGGAGCCGUGGUUGCUCUUCAAGGGAGGUUCGAAAUCUUGUCUUUGACAGGAGCUUUCCUGCCUGGACCAGCACCACCAGGCUCAACGGGACUCACCAUAUACCUAGCCGGUGGUCAAGGACAAGUCUUCGGCGGAAUCGUCGUCGGUUCACUCGUCGCCGCCGGGCCUGUUAUGGUCAUUGCAGCAACGUUCGCUAACGCAACUUACGAAAGAUUGCCAGUAGGAGACGAAGAAGCAGCAGCCAGCGGAGACGGACAAGGUGAUCAGAUCCACAACGGAUCAACCAAUUCUCCGCCGCCGGAGAUAAUCCGAACGGGAAACGGCCCGCAGACAGGUCUGCUAGAUCCAUCUUCACUUCCGAUAUACAAUAUGCCUCAUAAUUUAGUCUCCAAUGGAGGUCAACUAGGGCAUGAGGCCUAUGCUUGGGCACAUGGGCGACCACCUUACUAGUAAGUCCAGACCAUAGCUACUUAUGUAAGAGAUUGAGACAUAAUCUUCUUAGAUCUUCCAAAAAUCUCGUGUUUUUUAUUUAAAGAUCUGUGAAA